AUGUAUGCCGGGACACCUCCUCCCGACCCGCACAAUGAGCAAAGGUUGGUGACACAACAAAAAGAAGAUGACCAACUGAUUGGCGAUGCAAGUCGACAUCGUACUUACACACCGUCUGAACCGACAACGCCUGUCCUAGCAGGCGACGAAGAGUGUCAUAAAGAAACGAGAAGCAAUGCUAGAGCUAAGAAAUGUCGGGUCUCAUCUUUAUUACGCGUGGAACCAUUGACUCUCCGACCUUUACAAGUGACGGUAAUUGACAGGGUAUUCAACGAAGGCAUCCAACCUUACAACUCGCUUGUAGAAAGCUAUUACGCAAUGAAAGAAGCGGAGAAGACGUUUAAGCAUUUAGUGGGUUAUACAAUAGACAAUGAUUUUGAGACAUGUUUUGAACAUUUCAGAGUUAGAUAUCAUGACAGUAAACUAUGUAUUGUCUUCAAAGAAGAAGGUGGUUUUAAAUUAUGUGUCUUCGGAGAUGUCUCCAUGAUUCCCCAGAUAGUGGACCAAUCGAUACGCACGAUUGCAACUCUCAGUCAGACUGUUCAUAUAUUCCUGGAUGUGGCGCCGAAAGCCGCUGCCGAACUACAGGAGCUUAUCGACGACCAACAGCAGUUCUUUGUCGUUAUCGACAGGAUGGACAUGAAAUGGUGGGAAAAAAUUAGAGCCAAGCAGUUCAUGAGAAUGAAUUUGAGAAAAUGUGAAAUUGCCAGGGAAUUGGUGAACAAAAUGAAAGUCCAAACGGAAGACAUUGUAGAAGGAAUCACGAACUCGGGGGAAAUUCUUUCCCGGGAUUUGAGUUAG